AUGAGCCCCAACGUGAAGGAUCAAGAUUCCGAAGCGAACAACAACAGUAACGCCGAGUCAGGCCAUGGUAUAAAAUAUGAACCUCCCCGUGAUGUUAAUAAUGGUCGCAGCAAAUCAGAUACUACAAGUGAUAUUCAAGAAAACGAAGAAAACGACAAGAACAAUAACGAAACCGAAAGCCAAGAAGUCGAUGAUUCGGACAACGUUUCUUCUGAUGAGAGUGAACAUAGUACUCCUGACGCAAGCAAUAAGCGGAUAAUAUUACAGCGUUUUACAAUUUACAAUUCCCUCACUACCAUGUAUAUUGUGGGAAGUAAUGCAAAGGAAAGCUUGUUCCGUGUUUUGGAGAUUAACAAAGACUCAAAAGAUGAAAAGAAAAUCACAGCCAUCGAGGAUAAGAACUUUUUCUACACGAGAAAAGAUAUGGUAGAAUUGAUCAAUGACCUUAAUGAGACUGUUGAAGGUGGAAUUCAUAAAGUGACCAGAGGUUACGGCAUCAUCGGACUAAUUCGUUUUACGAGAGGCUAUUACUUGAGCAUUAUCACAAAGUGUAGCCAAGUUGCUAUACUUGGCGGUCAUUUUGUUUAUCAUAUUGAUGAAACCAAAUUAAUUCCCCUUGAUAUUCAUUACGCGCGUCCUAUAAAGUAUAGCGAUGAAGAGAGGCUUUUGUCGAUAUUCAAGUACCUUGACUUGGGGAAGACAUUUUAUUUUAGCUACUCUUACGAUAUUACCAAUUCCUUGCAGACUAAUUUCAUGAGAUAUAAAGAUGCUGGAAAUGCGAUGAGAAACACCGAGAAUGCCUCAGAUAAUGAAACGAAACAACGAGCUACGGACGUGAUCAAACACAACGACCGAUUUGUUUGGAACAAAGUGCUUUUGAAGCCUCUUGAGAGUCAAGAUAUAACAAUUUAUGAGUGGUUUCAGCCUAUAAUUCAUGGUUUUGUUGAUCAAGCAAACAUAUCAAUCUACGGAAAAAAGAUAUAUAUCACAAUAAUCGCAAGACGCUCGCAUCACUUUGCUGGUGCCAGGUUUUUGAAAAGAGGUGUAAACGAUAAGGGAAAUGUUGCCAACGAGGUGGAAACGGAGCAAAUAGUUUCCGAUAUGAUGACUACGUCUUUUCACGAUCCAAAGCAUGGCUAUUACAACAAUCCCCGAUACACAAGCUUUGUUCAACAUAGGGGCUCGAUUCCUUUGUACUGGUCCCAGGAUUUGAACAAGCUUCCUAAGCCACCAAUAGAAAUAAACCUCUCGGACCCUUUUUACCAAAGCUCGGCUAUCCACUUUGACAAUUUGUUUCGACGAUAUGGACUGCCCAUAAUUAUUUUGAAUCUAAUCAAAACGAAAGAGAAACACCCGAGAGAGCUGAAAUUGAAUCAGCAUUUCAAUUCUUGUAUUCGCUAUCUCAACCAAUUUCUACCUGAAAAGAAUAAGCUCCGUUAUCACUCAUUUGACAUGUCAAAACAUUCAAAGAAAAACCUUGAUGUUAUCGGUCCUUUGCAGAACAUUGCUGCUGAUGCAUUAAAGGAAACCGGCUAUUUCCAUAACGGUGCGACAUCAGAGGAAACCAAGCUUCAAGAAGGAGUGAUCAGAACUAACUGCAUCGACUGCUUGGACAGAACCAAUGCAGCACAAUUCAUUAUUUGCAAGGAGGCACUUUCGCUUCAACUAGCCAGUCUUGGUCUCAUACCCAAAUCUACGAGUCUUGACUACGACUCCGACUUAAUCAAUAUAUUGACGGAAAUGUUCCACGAUCAUGGGGAUACAAUAGCGGUUCAGUACGGAGGAUCCAAUCUAGUGAAUACUAUGGAUUCUUAUCGAAGAAUAAAUCAGUGGUCAUCGCAUACGCGAGAUAUGUUGAAUAGCGUCAAGCGCAUAUAUUCAAACUCUUUUAUGGACCUGAUAAGACAAGAAGCGAUUAAUUUGUUCUUGGGAAAUUACGUAUAUGAUCCAACGCAACCUAAGUUAUGGGAACUACAAAAUGACUUUUAUCUUCAUAACGAAUAUCAAGCGCAGGAUAUAAGGAAAAGAAGGAGCUAUAUACAUUGGUACAAUGAUCGCUAUUUUGAUCGCCCUAUCUUUGUUUCCAAUAGGUCACUUUUGGAAAACAAGAUACCAAGUCCAGCAUUCGAAUACAACCCGGAGCAAAAUGACAACUGGUUCAACGAAUCCUACGUUCCUCGAAAGUAUCAGUCGAUGCUGGACCUCUUUCAAUUCAACAUGAACUCCAAUGCACGAUACUUUCCGUCCAUUUCCAGUAACGAAUUCGAUUAUAGCCCUUUCAAAUCUCGAAAGCCCUAUCCAAAGGGACUGAAGGCCGACCUUAUAGGUUCUACAGGUGGGAAAUCUGACGGUAAUGAACAUGUGAAGUACUUGGAUACCUGCGACACGGAAACACUAGUACCCUCGUCUGCUUCUCGACCCGCAUUAGAAUCGACUCACUCAAGUUCCGAUUCAAAUAAAAGAGGAAAAACUAACAAGAACUUUCUUCAGCAUUAUGCAUUGAAGCAUUUAAUUACCAGCAAGGGAGAUUACUCCAAAUACGAAGGAAGCAGUUCUACAAGAGGCUCAAACACAGAUCACGCUCGCCACAAAUACGAGUCAGAGCAAAGAUCGAAGAGUUUCUUGCGUAAUCUCGAGUACCAAGAGAAUUCUUACUAUGUGGCAUAUAAUAAUGUGAGUUACUACCAAGCACAUGUCAAUAACAACAAUUUUCGAUCUUCAAUCACAAAAGGAGAUGAAGGGACAGAUUUGCAACCAUCCAGAGCAAACUUGGAAUCCUACAAACAUACCAUGAAAUUUAGUACGUGUCCAACGCUACUGAGCACAAGUGAAUUCAGCAGCUUAGAAAACUACUUUACUCAAAUGCCGUGUAUUGAGAGUCGUCCGGCGAUUCCGACAAAAGAAGUAGCAAUACGAGAUGACUAUUUUGGUUAG